AUGACACAACCGCCGACGCUCAAGGAGUGGCCGCACAUGUUCAACCCAAGGUACGUGUUCAGAUGUCUUGGUAUAGCAGACAGAGUCGAUGACCAACGUGCUCUCCGCAAUUCAGCACAACUCUUCUAUAAUAUCAUAGCCGAUGAGGCUAGGAGAAGAGGUAUCGCUCCUGGCAACUUUUUCCGCUCGAGCGCUGUUCCCAAAAUAAUCUUGAAUGAAUGGCGCGAGCGACUACCGACGUUGCCACUGGCUGUUAGGAAUCACGUAAUAGAUGAUGACCUUCUCUGUGGUGCGCUUUACAAAUACAUCAAUAAUCUUCAGGAUGAGCUGCUAUCGGUAUAUCGAGCACAGCAGCCAGAGACUCAGCAACAAGCAGAUCAAAGAGCAAAGGCCUCUGUCCAGGCACAGGGACAACAAUUGCAAGGGCAGCAGCAGAUAGCCAAACAGCCGACACAGCCAGCACAACAAACACAAGGGCAACAAAUAGCAAAACAGCCGACACAGCCGACACAGCCAGCACGAAACUCACCACUAAUGCUAGCAAACCCAGCUGAAAGCCAACAGAUAUUCCAAUAUCACCGGCCCUUCAUCGUGCCAAACGGUGACGUCCAGAUCAUCCAAGCAAACCACCCAGACAUGCCCAUUGCAAUUAGACUGAGUGACUUUCUAACAGAUAAAGGAAACCCGUAUGAUGUAUGCCCCGAUGGUGACUGGAUCAACAUCGCCAACAUAAGAUUUGAAUUGUUCAAACGAAACCUCAUCCAAGAAGGAUAUAUGGCAGAUGGGGACACAGUCUGGAUACACCAUCUCUCCCUGGACCAAAUUGAUCAUACGCUGCUUGCUAACCCACAGGCUGGUGAAUCGCGAUUGACUGGCUUAAACCUAGCAUCUACACUUUUGCGAACUAUCCGUGAACAUUGGCCUAGGCUUCGAAAUCCUUCCCCUGAUCCCUAUAGAAUAAGUCGCUCACCAUUACCCAGACCCAAUUUGACGAUUAUCAUUCGAGGCGGUAACGUGAAAGGAGGCGCCUUAUCUACCGCACAGCCAUCAUUAGCCCGCCCCGCUGGACUAUUGAGUGGCAAUCUAGUCACUUCUAACAGUCGAAUGGAACAGAUGGCCCGAUAUGAGAAUAUCAGACACAACACAAAGCGAAAGAGAACAGCAGAAGCGGAGGCAGGGGAAGCAGGUAAUGAGACUGAGGAAGGUUCCCCCGCGGCUCAAAGAAGAAGGAAAACCGUCACUCCACCCGCUGCUGACCCUGCUGCUUCCUCAGAUACCGCCUGGCAAGAUCUUCUGAUGGGGGAUGACGAGGACGCCGCUUUGCAAGCGCUCUUAGAUCCUACAAUGUUUAACGACCAGGGGUUUAUGGGCAAUAAUACUGCUGCCAUGCAAACAUUCUUCGAGGGGAAUCAAUGGGCUGUAGAAUCGAUCGAGGAGGAUCAAGAGGAGCAAUGA